AGAGAAGAAAAAAAUUAAUAAAAGAAUAUAUAUAAGGAGAGUGAAAUUUGCACUUCUCAAAUUGUAAACCACAAUCCUACCUUCUAUAUUUUGUACUUUUAUAAUUUUCCUUCCAUGUCUUUCCCAUUCUACCCUUAGAAUUCUGACUCACUCUCUCAUCUACCUCUUUCUUUCAUUGAUGUUUCUACUUCUCUCCCCAUCUGCAUCUUCUCCAUAGAGAACAUAAUAUCUCAAUUCCUAAUCUCUAAUUCUACCUCUAAAUGAGAUGGAUUCUUUUUUGGACUCACCAGUUGCCAAGCCGAGGUGGCGAUCAGAGGCCAUGUGUGCCACCCAAGCAUGGAUUUCAUGACCCCGAGAAAGCUCACAUUUGAUCAAGUGGAGUUGGAGUCCAACAAUCAAAGUAGCAGCAUCAAGAAAGUGGGUUCUGGUGUUAAGAAGAAGAUGUGUACUGCUGGGUUUAAUCUUAACUUGAGUGCAUUGAAGAACAAGAAGUGGAAAAGCAAGAAGAACAAGAUGGCAUUGGUACCUAAUGUCUCUUCAACUCCUAUUAAGGGUAAUCGUUACUCCAUUGCCUCGAUCAAAGAGGGUAUUACAUCACUGGAUUUGAGAUUAGACCCAUUAGAUUUUAUAUCAACAAUAAGGAUUCAGGGAGUUCCAGAAAGAGGGAUGAGAAGCUUUUUCAAAAUUAGAGUUUUAAUGAAUUCAGUAACUGAUAGUCUUCGGUUUGAUCUGUUAUUGGUUUCUUAACUGUAAAUGUGUUUGGUUCAAGUAUGGAAUAAGGGCAAGAUCAUGUAUGGAAGAAUCGAGAGAAUCAUCAGUUAGAUUCUAUAAAUGCGGCGAGCAAGGGCUUCUGCAAAUCUCGGGUCUCAGCCAAAAUGGAUUUCUGCUUUCUGGGGAGGAACAUUGGUUAACCAAAUAGUAUAAAUAACUUUAAGGGUAAUAUUGAAAAAUCACUGCCACAAAGAUGAAGAAAAUAUUAAAAAAUAUAGAGGGA